AUUUGAUCGGGAAAUUAAUCUACGAUUGAAUGUAUCCUAUAGUGAUGAGAAUGGCAACACUGAAAUGAGAACAUACUUAGAAAGUUUAAUAAGCCAUCGCCCUGCUUCUCUCUGUAUAACGGUAUGACAGGCAUUCCCAAUUAUAUGAAUUUUACUUCGGUAUCAGCAUUCGACUUCAUUUAGGCUUAGUUAUUUUUUCUCAUGAAUUACUUUAAAAACUAUUAGAUUGUUUAGAAUCUUACUAGAACCUGGGGUAAAUGGUGCUAUGGCGGACUAGAAGAAUGUAUUUUUGAACUGCACAUCAUUAAGGAUCUUUUACAUCAUAUAUAGAUCUUAUAGCAGAUUAUUCAUUAUGCGUGAAUACAAAAUUGUCGUUCUUGGUAGUGGAGGUGUAGGAAAAUCAGCACUAACUGUCCAGUUUGUUCAAGGUAUUUUUGUGGAAAAAUAUGAUCCUACAAUUGAAGAUAGCUAUCGAAAGCAAGUUGAGGUUGAUGGCCAACAGUGCAUGCUGGAAAUUCUAGACACAGCUGGAACGGAACAAUUUACUGCAAUGCGUGAUUUAUACAUGAAAAAUGGACAGGGUUUUGUGUUAGUCUAUUCAAUAACUGCACAAUCAACAUUCAAUGACCUCCAAGAUUUGAGAGAACAAAUACUUAGAGUUAAGGAUACUGAUGAUGUCCCAAUGGUGCUAGUUGGAAAUAAAUGUGAUUUAGAAGAGGAAAGAGUUGUGGGGAAAGAACAAGGAAACAAUCUUGCUAGGCAAUUUAAUUGUGCUUUCAUGGAAACAUCAGCUAAAGCAAAAAUUAAUGUCAAUGAUAUAUUUUAUGAUUUGGUUCGGCAAAUUAAUAAGAAAUCACCUGAGAAGAAACAGAAGCAAAAGAAGAAGUCAUUAUGUUCUGUUUUAUAAGGAAAAAUCGGAUUGGGUCUCUGUAUAUAAGGACACUAUGAGACAUUCUCAAUCCAUUAUAAAACCAUUCACACCUAUGUUUCUAAAUUAAUAAAUAUUUUUUUAAAAUACUGUACUGUUCCUGGAUUCUACUACUUGAUACCUAAGAAGUGCACUGAGUCCCUAGUUAUUGUUUUCUUUUGUGUGUGAGUGGGGAAAAAGCAUCAUUGCCACUCACUAUGUGUCUAUCCAUGUUUUCUAUGUAUAAUUUUAUUUUAAAAGCCUUUUUCAUUUAAGAAAAAGUGUAAAAAGCAUGAUAAUCAACUAUUGCCCAACAUUUGUUUAGGUAGAAAUGUGUACAAAGGAUUAAAUUGAAUAUUUUAUUAUAAAGAAUUGUAUUAAUAAUUUUUAUUGCUACUGCAUAUGAAUACUACUAAAAUGUAUACUUAUAUUUUCCUUAUAUGUUUUGUUGUAUGGAUCUACAAUGGUAAUGCACUUAUGUUUCAUUGUGGAUUUUUUUAAUGUUAUUUUUAAAAACCAGUGGGUCUGUUUUAAAAAUGAGCACUCCAUAAUUAUAAAGGGUGUCCUACUUUUAUUGAUAACUCCCUUAAAUUUAAUUAUAUUUUUAUUACCAUUAAAAUGCACAAAUGCAAAUAAAUAUUCCAUUAUAUUAGUCUUUUAAGCCAUAAUUUGAAUUUCAACUACUUGAGGCGGCAAUGCAUUAUAGUCUUGAAAUCCAUGCAUAUCACUGCCAUUAUUUAAAUUUCUGAUGGAUUAUCUUCAUAUCUACGUAUACCUAUCAUUGCUUAGUAAACUGUAUUAACAUUUGACUUCAUAAUUUUAAGAAAAAUGUAUAGUAUAAAUGGUUUCAUAAAUUAAGAAAUCCAUCCUUAUACAUACCAUUAUGGUAAAUUAAAUAAUAACCUCAAUAUAUAUAUAUAUGUAUGUAUAUAUAUAUAUAUAUACACAUAGGAAAGAGCUAUAGUUACUAAAUACUGCUCUGAUACCUAAAUGUUUUGAUAAUUGUAUUAUUGUUAUCGUUUCUCUGUGAAAUAAUAGAUAAUGUUUACCAGUGAUUUGGUGUGUGUUAGAACUAUAUGUAAAUUGAAAAUCUGUUGUUUGUAUGAAAUAUAAAUAGUUUUGCAAAAUAUGUAUAUAAAAAAAUCUUCCUACCUCUAAUUUUAUUAAUUUUCAAAAUAUAUUCCAAAUAAUUUUGAAAUGGACCAAAGCCCCUCCAUUUUUUUUUUACUGUUAAAAUGGUGUGUAAAUAAUUCCAUUUCUUUAUUGCUUCUGAUGUAUAAUCACACAUAACUUAAAUAUUUUAUCUCCAGUGAUGAAAAUUUCUAGUUAACAGAUAUAAUUUUUUUUUUCUGUAAUGUGCAAAGAAAUUCAAAUUAAACAUAGAUAGUACAUUUAAAUAAUUAAAUUUCAAUUUUAUACAUAUAGUUAAUGCAAAAAGUAUAUGCGUUCUAUGAACCAGACAUAGAUGCACUAAAAGUUCAUAUUAACCUUUCAUUGCUCAAUGCUAGACAUCAUUAAUCAAUAAUGUAUGGUUGUAAUUACAUCAUUUAGCUCGUGCAUUAAAGAUAAAUUUAUUUUGAAUUGUUUUGCAAAGAAAAUGUUGUAGUAGUACUUAUCAUAUUCUCAUAAACUGCAUCUGUGUUAUAAAUUAUAAUGUUAGGUCCUUCUAUCCCUAAAAGAUUAAUGAAGCAGUUUUGAAAAAUAUAUUUUAUUAUUGGAAAACAAUUUGUUUAUAUGUUAUGCAGUUUCAGUUUAUCAUUUUUUUAUUGUAAAUUCCAAUAGAAAAUAUUGUUACAUUAUGUUUAACUAAUGGAGUUUAAUGUUGUGUGAUUGACCUGUUUGCUUGGUUAUGAAAUAGCCCAGACUAUCAGUAAAGUAUUAUUUAUUAUCUUUGAUAUAAUAAAGACAAGAAAUGUUAUUUGGUUCCAAAGAUAUGUUGUUAGAGGUUAUAUUUAAAAAAAAUAUUUUUAUUUUGAUUACAUUUUUUUCUGUUUUAUUUUGAUUUGUAUCCAAGGUUAUGAUUAAUUAAAUGGAUACAGUUUUUACAAUUUAUAAAAGCAAUAAGGUAACUAAUUUAAGUUAGUCAUUUUGUUGAACAUAUUCUUGGUAUAUAAACGAAUAGUUUCAAUUAAUGAAAGAAUAUUCCAUUUAAUUUUUUUUUUUGUUCUUUUUUGUUUAGAUUCUGUAAAAUCCAAUUUUAGUGAUUUUAGUCAUGUUUACCCAAUGUAUGGUCUUUUCCCAUCCUGUUUCAACAUUUUUAAUUUUUUAUUAAGAUUAAGUGAAAAAAAAAGAAUAUUGUCUUAAUCAUUAUAAUAGCUAAAUUUUAUAAUUGUUAAUAAAUUUUAUUAAAUUACUUUUUCUUAUUAUUUUAAAUUUCGCUUAGCUGAAUUUAAACUACUUGAAAUCCCUGUAUCAAUAAAACUUACUGUAAUUAUA